UUCGAUGAGAGCUGCAAUUCAAUCCCAGGAACGUUGCAAUGCCUUGUUUCACUGAUGAGGUUUGGGCAUAGGCACCGUGUGAGUGUCAUUGGUAAUUGCAACAGAGGAGGAUAAGAUUCGCUAAUAAUAAACUUUAUCGCGGGUAGAACGAAGGACAUUAUUUAUCAUCCAGUCUACUAGCUAGCUGAAGAUUUCGGCUUGAUGUUUACUGGAGAGAGAGUGGAAGUGGACAUCAUGGGCACGACAUUAACAUCCAACGUGUUGAAGUAAAGUGGACCCACGAGACUGCUUAAAACCCAUCCCCAGCCAUGGCAGGCUUCAAGCGAGGGUAUGAUGGCAAGAUUGCAGGGCUCUAUGACCUGGACAAGACGCUGGGCCGGGGCCACUUCGCCGUGGUCAAACUGGCGCGCCACGUCUUCACGGGGGAGAAGGUGGCGGUCAAGGUCAUAGACAAGACCAAGUUGGACAUGGUUGCCACGGGUCACCUGUUCCAGGAAGUGCGUUGUAUGAAGCUGGUGCAGCACCCCAACAUUGUCCGGCUAUACGAGGUCAUCGACACGCAGACCAAGCUCUACCUGAUCCUGGAGCUGGGCGACGGAGGAGACAUGUUCGAUUACAUCAUGAAGCACGAGGAGGGCCUCAGUGAGGAGCUGGCCAAGAAGUACUUUGCCCAGAUCGUCCAUGCCAUCUCCUACUGCCACCGGCUGCAUGUGGUGCACCGUGACCUCAAGCCGGAGAACGUGGUGUUCUUUGAGAAGCAGGGAGUGGUGAAGCUCACUGACUUUGGCUUCAGCAACAAGUUUCAGCCAGGGAAGAAGCUCACCACCAGCUGUGGCUCGCUGGCUUACUCUGCCCCAGAGAUCCUGCUGGGAGAUGAGUACGAUGCUCCGGCCGUAGAUAUCUGGAGUCUUGGUGUGAUCCUGUUCAUGCUGGUGUGUGGACAGCCCCCCUUCCAGGAGGCCAACGACAGCGAGACCCUCACCAUGAUCAUGGACUGUAAAUACACUGUACCCACCCACGUCUCCAACGCCUGCAAAGAUCUGGUAGGCCGGAUGCUGCAGCGGGACCCAAAGGGCCGUGCGUCUCUGGAGGAGAUAGAGAGCCAUGCCUGGCUGCAGGGCGUGGACCCGUCCCCAGCCACCAAGUUCAACACCCCCCUGGUGUCUCAUAAGAGCCUGUCUGAGGAUGAGCACAACGGGAUCAUACAGCGCAUGGUGCUGGGGGACAUCGCAGACCGAGAGCCCAUUGUAGAAGCCCUGGAGACCAACAAGUACAACCACAUCACUGCCACCUACUUCCUGCUGGCUGAGAGGAUCCUGAGAGAGAAACAGGAGAAGGAAGUCCAGACACGCUCCUCCAGCCCCAGCAACAUCAAGGCCCAGUUCAGGCAGUCCUGGCCGACGAAGAUUGACAUGCAUCAGGACAUCGAGGACAGUCUGGCAGCCUCCUCCAUCUGCCACGCUGGUGGUCCCCAGGUCCCCGCCCGCAGCGCUGAGAACCUUCUCAACGGACACCGCACCAAAGGCCUGCUGGAGCUCCGCAGGGACGAGAGCAACGCAGGGGCCUCCGGUGCCCCUGCCCCCGUUUCUGGGCCCCCUAGAGCUGGGGCCACGGCCCCCACACCCUCCACCUCCUCAGCCAAGCAGCACAGCUGCCUGUUCAGGGUGGAGGAGGAUGAAGAGGAGGAAGAGGACCCGUCCCCUCUGUCCACCCAAGUGAUCCUGCGUCGCAAGGCUCCAUCUAUCACCAACCGGCUGACCUCCAGGAAGAGCGCCCCGGUCCUCAACCAGAUCUUUGAGGAGGAGGGUGAGUCAGACGACGACUUCGAUAUGGACGAGGGGCUGCCACCCAAACUCAGCCGGCUAAAGAUGAACAUCGCAGCGGCCGGGUCGCCGGGCACCACUCAGAAACGCUAUCACCGCCGCAAGAGCCAAGGCCGUGGCUCGUCCUGCUCCAGCUCAGAGACCAGCGACGACGACUCCGAGAGCCACCGCCGGCGUCUGGACAAGGACACAGGCUUCACCUACAGCUGGAACCGCAGGGACAGCAGUGAGGGCCCACCUGGAAACUCAGGGGGAAAUGGUGGAGGGAGCAGUGGAGGGCAGAGUAAACCCCCCGGUGAGGGGGGCAGCUCAGGACCAGACAAGGGCAGUCCUCCUGGAGGGGGAGGUGGGGGCAGUAGUGACAAUGGAGGGAGUGGUAGUAGUGGGGGAGGUGGUGGUAAGGGACAGGGUUCCCCCUCAAGUUGUUCUAACGGCAGCAGUAACCACUCGUCUUCAGGCUCAGGGUCCACGCGGAGACACUGUGCCUCCCGCAGCCCCGGGGCAGCAGAGCUGGUGGAGAGCCUGAAGCUCCUGAGCCUGUGUCUCAGCUCCCAGUUACAGCACAGGGGGAGAAGUGGAGGCCCCGGCCUGGCAGGGGGGAUGGGCCAGUUCAUCAUAGACCCUCAGAACCUGUCCAAUAGUCUGUCCAGCAGCCUGUCAGCUGGCAGCGUCAAGACACAGGAGAGGUCCUCUUGGAAGAUGUGCAUCGGCUCCAACGGCAGCUUGGACCUGGAGUUAGACACCAUCGCUCUGCCCACCACCGCUGUCAACACUCCAAGGACAUACACAGACCAAACGGCAGCAGCACUUAGCGAACUGGCCCUGGCCACCAAGGAGAAUAACAAGCUGAACAAGCUGAAAAAUAAUGUUCUCCAGCUACCUCUGUGUGAAAAGAGCAUCUCUGUGAACAUCCAGCGCAGCCCUAGAGAAGGGCUCCUGUGUACCUCUCAGGCCAGCUGCUGCCAGGUCAUAUGACACACACUCCCUGGCGCCCUCUGACACCACUCUGCCAGUCCAAUCUGUCCAACCACAGUCACCGCUGUAGCAUACGUCUGACCUCAGAACACCUCACCAUCAAAACCUGCCUUCUGCUGUUGUCUUAAAAGAUGACACUUUUUAUUGUUUUUGUUUGUUCACUAGGACCUAUGAGCUGCAUGCUGCAGGGGAUUCUUUUGUUUCUGCUACAUCACUAGCUCCCCCGGGAAUGAGGUAACACAACUUAACUCAAUUCUAAGGUGAGUUGGGGUGUUGAUGAGCUGAGGUAACAGAACUUGAACUAAAUUGUAAGGUGAGUUGGGGUGUUGAUGUUAACAUAAAUAUGGAUGUGGGUUUGAUUUUCGAUUAACUAUAUUUUGGGGUACAAAAUAGCAAACUUUUAACAGUGGGUAAGUAGUAGCACGUGAUAGUUAAAGGGUAAGCACUUAAAUUCGAUUAUUGAUCUACUGUCUACUAAGUAAAGGGUAUGCUGGGAGAGAUAGAGGAGGACAAGACAGAGAUACCAGUCUUCAUAUAGCUGGGAGAGGUAGAGGACAGGACAGAGAUACCAGUCUUCAUACAGCUGGGAGAGAUAGAGGACAGGACAGAGAUACCAGUCUUCAUACAGCUGGGAGAGAUAG